AUGACUAGUGAUACUGUCAAUGAAGUUGCGAUCGACCUAUCAUCUGCUGCAACCGGUAGUGCGUCUACUACGACUUCCAAUGCAACUGUGACCAACAGUGCAUCUCCUACGACCAACUGUGUAUCUAUUGUGACCGACGAGUACCAUGUGAUUUCGGUCUAUCCCAAUAGUGCCUCCACGCAACGCUACAUAUGUUCAUGGGAACCGAGAUUUAAGCUCAAGGAUGACAGCUUCGAAGAGGAGAUGGGCCUCGCUGAUCGCUGGAAGGCCUUGUCAGUAUCUCUGUUUGAGACGUUCUGGAGGAAGAUGAUGUUGGCAUGGGAUUGUUUGGGCAGGUGA